AUGGACUACACCGAGAUGGACAUUGAGCCCACGGGGCCCCAAGUGACCGUGCGAGAGGCAGAACCAUACCGCGUCGACUUCAAACUCAGCUCGGUCGACCUCGCCUUCGCCAACUCGCUCCGCCGCACGAUGCUCGCCGAGGUGCCGACGGUGGCGAUCGACCUGGUGGAAGUGGAAAAGAACACGUCGGUGCUGCCGGACGAGUUCCUCGCGCACCGGCUGGGGCUGAUCCCGCUCAACUCGAAAAACUGCGACCAGGACCUGGAGUACACGCGCGACUGCGAGUGCGAGGACCACUGCGCGCGCUGCAGCGUCACGCUCCAGCUGCACGCCCGCUGCACCGGCGACGACAUCAUGCGCGUGUACGCGCGCGACCUGGCCGUCGCCGGCGAGCGCGCCAACGACUGGGUCGGCACCCCCGUCAUCACCGACCCCGAGGGCAAGGGCCCGCUCAUCUGCAAGCUGCGCCGCGGCCAGGAGCUCAAGAUGACCUGCAUCGCGAAGAAGGGCAUCGCCAAGGAGCAUGCCAAGUGGGCGCCCACCGCGGCCAUUGGGUUUGAGUACGACCCGCACAAUAACCUGCGCCAUGUCGAUUAUUGGCCCGUCUCGCAAAAUGCCGCCUGGGAACACGCCGCGCCCCCCGACCAGCCCUUCGACUACGACGCCCAGCCCGCCAACUUCUAUCUCGACGUCGAGAGCAUCGGCAACCUCGACCCGGACAUGAUCAUCCAGCAGGGUAUCAUCGUGCUGCAGCGCAAGUUGGCCUCGGUCAUCUCUUCGCUGUCGGGCACCGGCGAAGGUGACGGCACUGGCAUGAUGGGCGGCGACGAGGACGAUAUGAUGGGCAUGCGCAGUCCCGACGCCUACGAGCCGCCCGAGGGCAUUGACGGCGGCUUCACGGCGUAUGCGAAUGGCGGGGCGGCCAGUGCCUGGGGCGCGAGUGCGGCCACGCCGUAUGGCGCUACGCCUUAUGGUCAGGGGGGAUAUGGGUUCUAA